AUGCCUGGUGACCCGAUGCCCGCUGCCGAGCCAGACGAUCCAAUGCCUGAUGACCCAGUGCCCGCUGUCAUGCCUGUUGACUCAGAGCCAGCUGUCAUGCCUGGUGACUCGGUGCCCACUGCCUUGCCAGAUGACUCGGUGCCCGCUGUCGAGCCAUAUGACCUGAUGCCUGGUGACCCGAUGCCCGCUGUCGUGCCUGAUGACUCGGUGCCCGCUGUCGAGCCAUAUGACCUGAUGCCUGGUGACCCGAUGCCCGCUGUCGUGCCU